ACUAUCGAACUAUCUAAGCAUUCGUAACAAUGGCACCACCGAAAUCUAGUGGAAAGGCUGCAGCGGUCAGCAAGUCCAGCGGCAAGGCGUCCAAGAACAUCGUCAAGGGCGACAAGAAGGCCAAGAAGAAGACCAAGCGUAAGGAGAGCUACGCCAUCUACAUCUACAAGGUUCUGAAGCAGGUCCAUCCGGACACCGGAAUCUCGUCGAAGGCGAUGAGCAUCAUGAACAGCUUCGUGAACGAUAUCUUCGAGCGGAUUGCUGCCGAGGCGUCCCGAUUGGCGCAGUACAACAAGCGGUCUACGAUCACGUCCCGCGAGAUCCAGACCGCCGUUCGUCUGCUGCUGCCCGGGGAGUUGGCCAAGCACGCCGUGUCCGAGGGCACCAAGGCGGUCACCAAGUACACUAGCUCCAAGUAAAUGGUGCUGACGACUUCGUAAGCAGACAGUUAAAAAAACGGCCCUUUUAAG